AUGAAGCACAAACGAAAGAACCAACCGAGGGUUUCCUUAAAUGGAAAUAAUGUGACGAAUGGUAAUAGGUCUAGAAAUGCAAAGAGGAAAAAAUUAGAGAAGAAAACUCAAGGGCAAAAUGAAGUGAAUAAAAACUUACACAUAUUUUUUUACGGGAAUAAAAAUAUAUACCUAAAAGAUAUUCAUAAUUUUAUUAUUAAUCUGAGAAUUGAGAAAAGCAUAUAUAAAAAUGAUCUGUUCGUCAUAAGAAAUAAUGAAUAUGUAAAUAAUUUAAUUGUUGUUAUUGUUCCAAAUUUACCCAGUUGGUUUAUAAAAGAUGUUUCAUCAAAUGGUGUAUUUACAAAACUGCAGAGAAAUAAUAAUUUUCGAAAAAUUCAUACAGAAAAUUGUAUAAAAAAUAUUUAUAGCAAUUUAAUUUUAAAAACAUUAAGUGUAUCUAUUUUGAAAAAUAAUAGUAUAUAUAAUAAAAAUUACUCCAGUAAAAUAUUUAACAUUGAAAAAUAUUUACUCAACAAUGAACAAAUGCUAUUGAAUAGAUACCCCAAUGAGGACUCUGAGGAUUAUAUCAAUUUUGAACACAUUCCAUAUGUUAAAUGGGAUAAGAAAAUAAACAACUUACGUGAUUACUUAAACAAAACUAUGAAUUCAACCACCGUUGUCAAUUGCAAUCAGAAUAUGAUUCAAAAUGAGUUAACCCAUUUGAGCCAGGAAGAUGUGUCUCUCAUGGAUUCUGCUCUUACUGCAUCGAAACAGAAUGGACAAAUCCUGAAGGAGACUGACAGGAAACUUGUUAAUUGUGAUAAAGUGGAAAAUCUUCACCAUGUGGAAAAUCAUCACCAUGUGGAAAAUCUUCACCAUGUGGAAAAUCUUCACCAUGUGGAAAGUCUUCACAAUGAAGAAACUGUUGAAGAAGGGAAAAAUAUCUUUACAGAAGAACACAUAACGAUGUAUGCACACGUGCUGGAGAAACUGAUUAAAGCAUCGAAUAAAGGAAAGCUUAUCCCACUAUGUUAUCAAAAGUUAAAAGUAAAAAAUGAGUCGCAGUAUGCUUCAGAUGAAACAGAAAUCCAAAAUGAUAAAAGGGACGCUAGGGAGACGAAUGAGAAUGGAAAUAAGGAGGACAAUUGUACUAUUUUAGAAAAUCCAAAAGAAAAUGAAAUGACCAGUUUAGCAGGUGACACUUAUGAUCAUCAUGAAGCAAAACCUGAGGGUUCAGAAAGUGGAAAUGAUGACGAAGAAAAAAAUUUCCAACAGUGUAAAAGUGGGAAUGAAAACGAAGUAAAUAAACAAAACAGGUUAAAUGGACACAGUUACUUAAAACAAAACAUUGAGAGAAAGGAAGUACAAGUAGAAUUCAACCUAGACAAUAUAUACAGCAUUGAUUGUGAAAUGUGUGAAACAACAAAUAAACGAAGAGAGUUAACAAAAAUUACAGUAGUAGAUGCAUAUAUGAAUAUUGUAUAUGAUUCAUAUGUUGUGCCAGAUAAUGAAAUCACAAAUUAUUUAACAUUAUAUUCAGGAAUAAGUGAAAGCACUCUCGAAAAUGUACAUACAAAAUUAAAAGAUGUGCAAGAAUAUUUAAAAAAAUUUUUAAAUAAUAAAUCCAUUUUAAUUGGUCACUCACUUGAAAAUGAUUUACAUGCACUCAAAAUAAAUCAUCCUCAUGUCAUUGAUACAUCAGUUAUAUAUUCAAAUUCUCCAUACUACUUUUUAAAACCUUCACUAUUUAACCUCGCGCAACGUCAUCUGAACAUUACUAUGGAGCGAGACAAUGGCCACAAUUCUAUUGAUGACGCUAAGAUAAGCAUGUUUUUGGCAUUGAAAAAGUUAAGCGAAUUCGAUGCGACCGAACCUAACCACUUAUACCAACCGCUACCCAUCUUCUUAAACCCAGAGAAUUUCUCAAACAUGAAAGGAAAUAUAAUUCAUGACGAAGAUAUAUGCUACAAGUACGAGAAGAACCUUUGCAUUUAUGAUGCGAAGAAUGAAUUUAUUGAGGAAAAGUUGCCCAAACAUUUUCUCAAAAACUGCUUUUAUUGUGCAUGUGAAAAUGAUGAAGAAUGUGUUGAAAAUUUAAUUACGAAUAUCAGAAAUAAAAAUAAAAUAAAAAAUUACUUACUCAUAUUAAGAGAGUAUGAAAAUUUAUGCAAUCGGAAAAUUUAUAAAUGCAUACAACAUUCAAAUAAGGAGAAUUUUAAAGUAGAAGACAAUGAUGAAUUGUUUCAAGUUCCAACAAGAGUUGAAGCAAGUGAAAUUGUAAAAAGGUUAAGUGCAAAUAUUGAAAAAAUGUAUGAACAUUUGGAAAAAAAUGAUGUUUUAUUGCUUCUCUCAUUUAGUAAUAAUCAUCUGGCAGAAGAAAAAAUUAAAGAAACUUUAUAUUUAGCAAAAGAUAUAUUUCAUGCAAAUGCAGAUACUAAUGAAAAAUUUCGUCAGCUUACCAAAAAAAUUAAUUCUAUGGAAAAAAUACUCACCAAAAGGAAAAACGACAAUGAACUGGUCAAUCUACAUUUUCUAGAAUUUAGGUACCUGCUGCACAAUUACGAAAGGUGCAUACUAACAUACCUUAAUGAACAGAAAAAUAGUGACAGAAAUAUAUUUAUUUUGAAUUCUCUUACCAAUCUCAAAAAUAGUUUGUGCAUUAAUACCAAGAAAAAGAGUUUCAGUGGAUGGUUUUCCAUUCUCCUCAGGACUUGA